AGUGGGGUCAGUGGUGGAUGCUGCUCCUGGGGUCCUGCUGGGCCAAUGGUUUUAACACUGCAGUUUUUCCUCUGUGCCUGAGAUGUUUCUUCUUAAUAGCCUCUUUAAUUUGUAGAUACAUUGGAUUAAGGACUCUUGAUGUAUAUGAGCCACGUCCUGAGCUUGCUCAUCAGAGACAAAGGAGUUAAAAUACGGGAAUUAAUUGAAUGGGAUGGAGUAUAAGGUAUGUUCCUUUCUCAAAAGACGUUGACUUGGAGAUCUUGUGGAGGGGGGAAGAUUAAAGAAAGCCUCUUUGUGGUAUAAAAUAACAAAUUCUUUUUCUGAAUUUUUGUUCUACAUUUUAGGAAUAAUACCCUUCCUAAUUCUUUAUGCUGAAUUCAAAUAACCUCUUCCUUGCCUUGCUAGAGUGCAAAGUGCCCUUGCUGUUGUCUAGUGCUCCUCCAUCUUCCCCUCUACAACGCUUUUCCAGGUUUCCAUGGGCAGCAUGAGACACCGAAGAAGUGGCAACUUUGAGAGUUCCAGACUCUUCUAUUCCAGCAUGUCUCGCAGCAUAGACGUGGCCUGCAGCGAUGCUGAUUUGGCCAACUUCAUCCAAGAAACCUUUAAGAAGAGAGAAUGUGCCUUUUUUACAAAAGACACCAAGUCAAUGGCUAACUUCUGUAAAUGUGGAUACCCUGAAAAUCAGCACAUCGAGGGCACCCAGGUCAACACCACCGAAAAAUGGAACUACAAGAAGCACACAAAGGAGCUUCCUACGGAUGCCUUUGGGGACAUUCAGUUUGAAAACUUGGGAGAAAAAAAGGAAAGGUAA